GGCCACGCGGAGUCCCGCCCCGCCGCCCCUCGAGCGCCCCCAGUUUCGCUUCUGGCCGGAACCUGCGCCCCGAACCAGGAAGCACCUGGUGGCGGGCACAGGAUGGCUGGGCCUGGCUGGGGUCUCCCUCGGCUGGACGGUUUCAUCCUUACCGAGCGCCUGGGCAGUGGCACGUACGCCACGGUGUACAAGGCCUACGCCAAGAAGGACACUCGGGAGGUGGUAGCGAUCAAGUGCGUGGCCAAGAAAAGUCUCAACAAGGCAUCGGUGGAAAACCUCCUGACCGAGAUUGAGAUCCUCAAGGGCAUUCGGCACCCCCAUAUAGUGCAGCUGAAAGACUUCCAGUGGGACAAUGACAAUAUCUACCUCAUCAUGGAGUUCUGCGCAGGGGGUGACCUGUCUCGCUUCAUUCAUACCCGCAGGAUCCUGCCGGAGAAGGUGGCUCGUGUGUUCAUGCAGCAGCUGGCCAGUGCCCUGCAGUUCCUGCAUGAACGGAACAUCUCGCACCUGGAUCUGAAGCCACAGAACAUUCUGCUGAGCUCUUUGGAGAAGCCCCACCUGAAACUGGCAGACUUCGGCUUUGCCCAGCACAUGUCCCCAUGGGAUGAGAAGCACGUACUUCGUGGCUCCCCACUCUAUAUGGCUCCUGAGAUGGUGUGUCAGCGGCAAUAUGACGCACGUGUGGACCUCUGGUCUGUGGGGGUCAUCCUGUAUGAAGCCCUCUUUGGGCAGCCCCCCUUUGCCUCCAGAUCGUUCUCAGAGCUAGAAGAAAAGAUUCGCAGCAACCGGGUUGUUGAGCUCCCACUUCGGCCCCAACUCUCCCUAGACUGCCGUGACCUGUUGCAGCGGCUUCUGGAGCGGGACCCCAGCCGUCGAAUCUCCUUUCAGGACUUCUUUGCCCACCCUUGGGUGGACCUGGAGCACAUGCCCAGCGGAGAGAGCCUGAUGCAAGCAACAGCCCUUGUGGUGGAGGCUGUGAAGAAGGACCAGGAGGGGGACGCUGCUGCAGCUCUGUCGCUCUACUGCAAGGCUCUGGACUUCUUUGUGCCCGCCCUGCACUAUGAAGUGGAUGCCCAGAGGAAGGAGGCAAUUAAGGCGAAGGUGGGGCAAUAUGUGUCCCGGGCAGAGGAGCUCAAAGCCAUUGUCUCUUCCUCCAAUCAGGCCCUGCUAAGGCAGGGCAUAUCUGUUCAACAGCUGCUGCGAGAGAUGGCCCGUGACAAGCCACGCCUCCUAGCGGCCCUGGAAGUGGCCUCAGCUGCCAUGGCCAAGGAGGGCGAAGCUGGCAAGGAGCAGGAUGCCCUGGACCUGUACCAGCACAGCCUUGAGGAGCUGCUGCUGCUGUUGGCAGCAGAAACCCCAGGCCGAAGGCGGGAGCUCCUUCACACUGAGGUUCAGACCCUCAUGGCUCGAGCUGAAUACUUGAAAGAGCAAAUUAAGAUAAGGGAAUCUCACUGGGAAGCAGAGGCGCUGGACAAAGAGGAGCUGUCGGAGUCUGUCCGUAGCUGUGAGUCCUGCCCUGGGGUUCCAGCUCUUCCACUCAACCUUACCUGCUAUUCCAAUUACUAG